AAAAACAAAAUGAGCAACAAUUUGUAUUUUUUUGUGUCAGUCUGUGACCGUGGGAAUAAUGCAGCGUUUCCAUCCAGGCAGCGCUGAGCGGAGGAUAAGGAGACCAGCAGAAGGUUGGAAAUAGUAGACACUGUAUUUGGCAAUGGGAAUCCAAGCAGGCAGUUCUCCACACCCCCUUCUACAGCAGAAGACAAGCUGACCCGGAAGAAAAGUAGAGAGAGAGAGAGAGAGUUGAUUGUUGAAGGAGAUUGCAUUUAUUUAGAAAGCUCUGGGCUUUCCCUGUUUCCAGGUCUGAAUGUAUGUCCCCUCACUGCCACCUAGAACAUCAGCAGAGGGAAGUGAAGUCCACUUACACCAUGCUGGGAUGCAAGGUCACCCUGGCGACCUGUGCUUUGAACCAGUGGGCACUAGAUUUUGAAGGAAAUCUGAAAAGAAUUCUGAAAAGUAUUGAAAUAGCAAAAUCAAAAAGUGCACGAUAUAGACUUGGACCUGAACUGGAAAUUUGUGGCUAUGGCUGUGGCGAUCACUACUUGGAACCCGAUACAGUACUUCACUCAUUUCAAGUAUUGGCAGAACUGUUGGUCUCUCCGGUCACUGAAGACAUAAUGUGCGAUGUAGGAAUGCCAGUCAUGUACAAAAACACCCUCUAUAACUGCAGAGUGAUUUUUCUCAACAAGAAGGUAUUGUUAAUUAGACCAAAGAUGGCCAUGGCAAAUAGUGGUAACUACCGAGAGCUACGCUGGUUUAUGCCAUGGGAUAAACCGAGGGUAGUUGAAGAAUUUUCCCUUCCAGAUAUAAUCCAAAGGGUAACUAGACAGGUUAGGGAUUUCAUCCAGAAGAAGAUUACAUUUCUCACGAAGCCCCAUCAGCCCGAUACAGAGAGGCUGCUGCUACGUUCCACAAGCACCCUUUCGGAUACUGCUCCAUUUGGUGAUGCUGUCAUUGAGACAAAGGAGACCUGCCUGGGCAGUGAAAUCUGUCAGGAGCUCUGGGUUCCAAACAGCCCCCACAUUACCAUGGCGAUGGAUGGGGUCGAAAUAUUUACUAAUUCUUCAGGGAGCCACCAUGUCCUUCGGAAAAAUUAUGUGAGGGUUGAUCUUAUCAAGUCAGCGACAGCAAAGAAUGGUGGUAUUUAUCUCCUUGCCAACCAGAAAGGCUGUGAUGGUGAUCGCCUGUACUAUGACGGCUGCGCAAUGAUUGCUGUCAAUGGCCACCUUGUGGCUCAAGGAUCCCAGUUUUCCUUGGAUGAUGUGGAAGUUAUAACGACCACUCAGGAUUUGGAAGAUGUCAGAAGCUACGAUGCAAUCAGGAUAUCUGCAAGAUUAAUGGCAACUGAAGUACAGCCCUAUCCUCGGGUGAAAGUCGACUUUGCACUUUCUUCAGUCGAUGAUGUCUGUAUGCCCUCCAUUGAACCCAUUCAGAUCCGGUACCAUACUCCUGAGGAGGAAAUCAGUCUUGGACCGGCCUGUUGGUUGUGGGAUUACCUGCGACGUAGUUCACAGGCUGGAUUUCUUCUCCCUCUUAGUGGAGGUAUCGAUAGCUCAGCUACAGCCUGUAUUGUCUAUUCCAUGUGUCAUCAGGUGUGCCUUGCUGCAAGUAAUGGAAAUCAGCAGGUAAUUGAAGAUGCGCGGAGGAUAGUGAAUGAUCCUCAGUAUGUCCCCAAGGACCCACGGGAAUUUUGUCACCGCAUCUUUAUCACCUGCUACAUGGCGAGUGAGAACUCUUCACAAGACACUUGCAAUCGAGCCAAAGAGUUAGCAGAGCAAAUUGGCAGUUAUCACAUAAACUUGAACAUCGAUCCAGCGGUGAAGGCGAUGAUGGGAAUAUUCCGCCUGGUAACCGGUAAAUCUCCACAGUUUGCAGCACACGGUGGCAGCAGAAGAGAAAACCUUGCCCUACAGAAUUUGCAGGCAAGAAUUCGCAUGGUCAUCGCCUAUCUCUUUGCUCAGUUAUGUUUAUGGACUUCUGGAAAACCUGGAAGCUCAUUGGUUCUUGGAUCAGCCAAUGUGGAUGAGAGCCUUUGUGGAUAUCUGACCAAAUACGAUUGCUCCAGUGCUGACAUCAACCCAAUUGGUGGCAUCAGUAAGACCGAUUUAAGGAGCUUUAUACAGUACUGUAUCGAAAACUUCCAACUGACCGCACUGAGAAGCAUUAUGUCUGCGCCACCAACUGCUGAACUGGAGCCACUUUCAGAGGGACAGACAUCUCAAACUGAUGAGGCUGAUAUGGGAAUGACCUACACGGAACUGUCUGUCUUUGGGAAGCUAAGAAAGAUUGCAAAGUGUGGCCCUUACAGUAUGUUCUGCAAAUUGCUCUACAUGUGGAAAAGUAUCUGUACCCCAAGGCAGGUGGCUGAGAAAGUGAAACAUUUCUUCCAAAUGUACUCGAUUAACCGGCACAAGAUGACAACACUGACCCCUGCGUACCAUGCAGAAAAUUAUAGUCCUGAUGACAAUCGGUUUGAUCUUCGACCAUUCUUAUACAAUGCUAGUUGGUCUUGGCAGUUCAAGUGUAUUGAUAACCAGGUCUCAAAGCUCGAGAGCAGCCAAGAAAGUUCCAACAAUGGUGUUUGUGAUGAGCUUGACUGAAUCUUACAACUCCGUGUUGAGCACAAUUGCCAGCAAUGGACGGAGAGCAGUGUGCUCCCACAGAAUUAAACCGCAGACUUUGUUGUAGCUGUAUAGCAAUAAAGCCUAAUAGUCCCAGUGAAAA